GCCCUGGAGGCGGCCGUUCAGCUCAGCCAUCGCUACAUCGCAGACCGCUUCCUGCCCGACAAGGCCAUUGACCUUAUUGAUGAGGCGGGCAGCCGCGCGCGCAUCGCGGCAUACACUGCGCGCAACGGUGCUGGCAACACAGCCGACCCCCGGAUCGCGGAGUACCUGCAGGUCCUUGAGACCAAGGAGGACGCAGUUAAGGAGGGCCUCUACGAGGAGGCCAGCAUACUGCGCCGCCGCCAGGUCGACUACGCCGCGGCGCUGUCCGGCCCCGCCCCCAGCGGCAGCAGCCUGCCCGUGGUCGGCGUCGCCGACGUGGAGGCCAUCGUCGCCGCGUGGACGGGCGUGCCGGUCGAGCGGCUGACCGACGACGAGGCGCGGCGCGUGGCCACGCUGGCCACCGCCCUCAAGGAGCGCGUCAUCGGCCAGCCCGACGCCAUCGACACCGUCGCCUCCGCCCUGGCGCGCGCGCGCUGCGGCCUGCGCGACCCCAAGCGGCCGGUGGCGGCACUGCUGUUCGUGGGGCCGACGGGCGUGGGCAAGACGGAGCUGGUGCGGGCGCUUGCGGACCAUUACUACGGCAGCCAGGACGCCAUCAUCCGGCUGGACAUGAGUGAGUACAUGGAGCGCCACACUGUGUCGAAGCUCAUCGGGGCGCCCCCCGGCUACGUGGGCUACGGCGAGGGCGGCAAGCUCACAGAGGCGGUGCGGCGUCGGCCGUGCGCGAUCGUGCUGUUUGACGAGAUCGAGAAGGCCCACCCCGACGUCUUCAACGUGCUGCUGCAG